AUGGGCCAACCAGAAGUAUUAAUUAUGGCGAUAAGCAUCGUCGGGGCCAUGGGCUUUAUCCCCCAUGGGUCUAUUGGGGAAAAGGACCAUAUGCUGACGGAGGCUUUGCUACGUGAAGUGGUGGAGCGUAUGGGCAAGGAGUUCAACGACGCGGCCUCCAGCUACCUGGAGUAUCCUGCCAGUGAGCGCCACCUCGCACUCAUGGCCAGGGCUAACAAGGAGCUGGAGAACGAGCAGUUGGACUAUGAUUCUCUCAUCGACGGCAACCCUAACCCCAGCCUCCGUGACCAGGAAUAUCUGCAGCACAGCUCAUUGUGGGGGCAUCAGUACGUAACCGGCGGUGCUGGCGAAGGUGAACAGCGUCUCCAACCAUCCGGAGUAGUCCCCAACCGACAGAUGGUGAAGACAGACGCUGUGCUCCCGGCCUACUGCAACCCGCCUAACCCUUGCCCCGUUGGAUACACAGAGGAUCAAGGCUGCAUCAGUGAGUUCGAGAACACGGCAGCCUUCAGUCGGGAGUACCAGCUCGCGCAGCGCUGCAUGUGUGAUGGAGAACACAUGUUCAGCUGCCCUCCCGACUCCUCCUCCGACCUCGACCUUCGCUUCCCGGAGCACCACAAGAAUCUCGUCGCCAAGAAGUAUAAACCUGCAGUAGAAAAUCCUUAUUUGACGGGCGAACGCUUACCGAUCGCAGCUAAAAAAGGUUUCGAUGUUAAUGUGUACUAA